UUUCCCCCCCUCGAAAAAAAAUCCUAGUUACGGGCCUGAUGAUGGCCUUUCAGCAAAUUUUGAUUCUUUUUUAAUUAAACUUUUAUUUUGUGUAUUAUCAGCAGUUGAAAAUCUGAGAGAAGUAAAUAUUUUUGGAAAAUGUAAAACUGAUUUUGAAUUAAAAUUUGACAACAUUUUUUAAACUAAAUUUAAGAAUUGUAAAAUUUAAUAUUUCUCCAUUACGAGCUAGAAAUUUCCCUUUAUUUGGACCUUUUAUGAUAUUCAUAGUUACUGACCAUUUUAUAUAUUUCCUAAAAAUAUUCUUUUAAACGUCGACAGUGGUCUCCCGGACAAUGCGUCAGUGGACUAUCGGUCAGUGGACAAAACGUUAGUGGGGAAUCUGUAAGUGACGUAUAUCGGAGGAUUAUGGGAUAUAGUGGGUAAUUUGGAGGGAUAUCGGAGGAGUUGUGAGGGAGUCUUCGACUUUUUUGUGUUGUCAUAAGGACGUGACCAUAAGGAUGCGGCCGUUAGGGCGUGAGUUAGGGCCCUCGUAUGGUUUUUCGCCUUAUUGACAAAAUAUGUUAACACGAUGUUAUCUUUUUUUUUCAAAUGAUGAUUUUAAAAAAAAAGUCAUCAUUUUUUUACAUUUCUUGUUCAAUUUUAAAUUUUUAGUAAUUUACUGUAAACAAAAAUAUUUUAGGCUCAAAAAACUUAAAUGGCAGCCUCAACAGUUGCUCCACCAAUAAUUCUUCGUUCAGUUGAGAAGCACACUUCAACGCUUAUUUUCUUUCACGGAUUGGGAGAUCAAGGAGAUGGCUGGGCAAGUGUUUUUAAAGAAGAAAUGCGAGUGCCGUAUAUAAAAUAUAUUUUCCCAAAUGCCCAAAGUCGGCCAGUAACUCUAAAUUUUGGUAUGCGGAUGCCUGCAUGGUAUGAUAUCCUUGGAUUGACUGCUAACUCUGCAGAGGACGAGCAAGGCAUUGAACUUGCAAAGGAUUAUGUUCAUGGACUGAUUAAUAAAGAAAUUGAAGACGGAAUUUCUCCUAAACGUAUUUCUAUUGGAGGAUUUUCAAUGGGCGCAGCUUUGGCUUUAUAUGCAAGUUUAUUUUGA